AUGAUCUCUUUUACUCAGUCACAGGUAAGGCUUUUUCAUUAUUUCAUCUAAAAUACAUGUUUAUAGUAUCUCAGAAGCAUUACACAAUAAACACAAUAUUUUUCUAUCUCUAUGUUUAUUUGAAGUGUAUUCUUACUGUGGAUGGCACCUCAACAACAUCACAGAUGGGUCUGUGGUUUAUUGCUUUCACCACUUUUCUGUUGAAAGGUCAGUUUCUCCCUGAUUGUGCAUACUAUACAUCCCUCUUAACUUGAACACACUUUGACUUACUGCCAAUUAAAAAGUAAUUGGCAUUUUACUGAUAACAUCAAUGUGUGCUUGAAUGUUUCAACAAGUGUGUGUGAGAUUGAUCAAAUUUUGUGUGUGUGUGUUCGUGUGUGUGUUUGUUUGUGCAAAGAAAUGUGUUUUGCUGUUCAGCCUGGCCUCAAAGACUAGACGUAACAUAGUAAAUGUAAAUCUGUGACACUCAAAUUACUAUGAUAUGUUACGUUUGGUAUGGUUACAUAAGACAGAAGGUUAUUAAUGCCAAAAAUGAAAGGAGGGAGGUUGGUCGGGGAGGAUGGGUAGACGUAUAACGCGAGCGUCUAGCAACUCAAAGGUUGCGUUUUCGAAUCACAUCAUGGACAACUUUAGCAUUUUAGCUAAUUUGCAACUACUUACUGUACUACUUUUUAGCUACUUUGCAUUUACUUAGCAUGUUAGCUAAACCUUCCCCUAAAACUAACCCCUAACACCUAACGCUAACCCCACCCUAACCCACAUAGCCACCUAGCUAAGUUUGUACAGCAAAGUGGAAUUUAUAACAUAUCAUACGUUUUGCAAAUUUAUAAUAUAUUAUACUUUUUUAUUUUUUUUAUUUUUUUUAUUUAACCUUUAUUUAACCAGGUAAGCCAGUUGAGAACAAGUUCUCAUUUACAACUGCGACCUGGCCAAGAUAAAGCAAAGCAGUGCGAUAAAAACAACAACACAGAGUUACACAUGGGGUAAAACAAAACAUAAAGUCAAAAAUACAACAAAAAUAUAUAUACAGUGUGUGGAAAUGUAGCAAGUUAUGGAGGUAAGGCAAUAAAAAGGCUAUGGUGCAAAAUAAUUACAAUUAGUAUUAACACUGGAAUGAUAGAUGUGCAAGAGAUUAUGUGCAAAUAGAGAUACUGGGGUGCAAAUUAGCAAAAUAAAUAACAAUAUAGGGAUGAGGUAGUUGGGUGGGCUAAUUUCAGAUGGGCCGAAUUGCAAUUCGUAACAUAUCAUACGAAUUGUAAUUCUUAACAUAUCAUACGAAAUGAAGGCAGACAGAUUUUAUGUUUACUAUGUUACGUCUAUCCCUGAGUCCAGGUUUUGCUGUUCAGUGUUUCUUGAUGGUGCUGUGUUCUCCAGGUGCUCUCUGCCAACAGUGGAGUCUGUGGACGCCCCAAAGCAUUGUGGCUGUUGGUGGAGCCUGCCUACUGGUCCCAUGUAGGUUCAAGAACCCUGCGAAGUUUGAUGCUGACUUGAAAAACUGCACAGUCACUGGGAUUUGGAAGAAAAAUCACGAAUUGGGAAAUAUUGUUUUCCACUCAGCCCAAACGGAUGCCCAAAACAUCAUCAAGGGAGUGAUGGUGGGAAAUCUGUUGGACAAGAACUGCACCACUAUUUUCAACAGUUUCCCUGCAGGAUAUGAUGACACAUAUAUCUUCAGGCUGGAAUGUCCUGGAACAAAUCGCCUCAAAUAUAACUUUAUACCAGGUGUAAAUAUCAAUCAUACAGGUACAGAGUUUUACCUUACCUAAGAGAUACAGUGGGGAGAACAAGUAUUUGAUACACUGACGAUUUUGCAGGUUUUCCUACUUACAAAGCAUGUAAAGGUCUGUAAGUUUUAUCAUAGGUACACUUCAACUGUGAGAGACGGAAUCUAAAACAAAAAUCCAGAAAAUCACAUUGUAUGAUUUUUAAGUAAUUAAUUUGCUUUUUAUUGCAUGACAUAAGUAUUUGAUCACCUACCAACCAGUAAGAAUUCCGGCUCUCACAGACCUGUUAGUUUUUCUUUAAGAAGCCCUCCUGUUCUCCACUCAUUACCUGUAUAAACUGCACCUGUUUGAACUCGUUACCUGUAUAAAAGACACCUGUCCACACACUCAAUCAAACAGACUCCAACCUCUCCACAAUGGCCAAGACCAGAGAGCUGUGUAAGGACAUCAGGGAUAAAAUUGUAGACCUGCACAAGGCUGGGAUGGGCUACCGGACAAUAGGCAAGCAGCUUGGUGAGAAGGCAACAACUGUUGGCGCAAUUAUUAGAAAAUGGAAGAAGUUCAAGAUGACGGUCAAUCACCCUCGGUCUGGGGCUCCAUGCAAGAUCUCACCUCGUGUGGCAUCAAUGAUCAUGAGGAAGGUGAGGGAUUGACCGUCAUCAUUGAAAGUCCGUAUUGCCCAGCGACAGCCCCGAAACCUGAAGGAUCUGGAGAAGGUCUGUAUGGAGAAGUGGGCCAAAAUCCCUGCUGCAGUGUGUGCAAACCUGGUCAAGACCUACAGGAAACGUAUGAUCUCUAUAAUUGCAAACAAAGGUUUCUGUACCAAAUAUUAAGUUCUGCUUUUCUGAUGCAUCAAAUACUUAUGUCAUGCAAUAAAAUGCAAAAUAAUUACUUAAAAAUCAUACAAUGUGAUUUUCUGGAUUUUUGUUUUAGAUUCCGUCUCUCACAGUUGAAGUGUACCUAUGAUAAAAAUUACAGACCUCUACAUGCUUUGUAAGUAGGAAAACCUGCAAAAUCGGCAGUGUAUCAAAUACUUGUUCUCCCCACUGUAUAUAUAGCCUCCCCACUGUAUAUAUAGCCUCCCCACUGUAUAUAUAGCCUCCCCACUGUAUAUAUAGCCUCCCCACUGUAUAUAUAGCCUCCCCACUGUAUAUAUAGCCUCCCUACUGUAUAUAUAGCCUCCCCACUGUAUAUGAUUACCCAUUGGAUUAUACCCUUAGGGCUAAACAUUCUAACAAAAUGACUAGAUUGAACUCUUAUGAAUACUAAUAGCAAACUUAGGGCUCGAUUCAAUCAGAUCGAGCGUUAACGCGUGUUGGCCGACAGACGCAUAGUGGAUGUUUUGGUGGUGUUGGAGGUGUAACUGCAGUAUGAGCUGACAAAUUGGUGAGUGGCUGCUCUUGUGUGUCACAAACCACUUCCUUCCUUAUUAUCCCUACCACGUUAGAAGUUCAAAACAGCGAUUGAAAGUGUAGGCUCUAUCGAUGAUAGAGAUGUUGACUCUCAAGUAAAACCAUUCAAUCAAAUAGGCUAUAGCCUACAAAAGCCACCUUGCUACGUUCUCCUUAUUUGUGCAGUCGAAGGUCAUCAAUGAGGCAUCAUUUUCAGAACUGCCUACCUCUAACGCGGCUGCAUGGGAUUUGUCGAAUUAUAAAAUCGGGUGGUCCAAUUCAGUGUCCGCGAUAAGGUAACGCAAGGAGCCGCUUGUGGAUUUGAACCAUUCCACCUCAGGCAUCACCAAAACAACCGUUUGCGGUGUCGGCUAAAGCGGAUCUGAUUGAAUCGAGCCCCUAGAAUCAAAUACUCAACAUGAAAAGUGAUGUUGUUAGCAAAGUUAGUUUCAAUCUGGUUGCCCCAUACGGCAUGCCAUUGGGCCACUUUAUGUCAUGUUAUUGAUUCAAUAUCGCCCUCUCUCCCACAUAUUUUCAUCCACCCAGACACCCCACCCAAACCCCAACUGAUCUCUAUGGGCAACAUCACAGAGGGGGAGCAGGUUAGACUGAGCUGCUCUGCCCCCGCCCCCUGCCCUACAUUGCCGCCCUCCCUGACCUGGACCUCUGGGCUGGGUGGAAGUGUUGAGAGCCAGCUACAGGAGGGUAUAGAUGGGCUCAUGACCAUGACCUCCACCCUAACUUUUACCGCCUCCCUCCCCCAUCACGCGCUGAUGGUCAAAUGUUCUGCCCGCUACACACUGCAGUCAGGGGGCACCACCAAGACGACUGAGGGGAACCUGACCCUCAAUGUUCUGUGUGAGAGACCACAACAACCAUAAUCACAUGACCACACCGCAACCAUAUGACCACAACCAUAAACCGUAGUGUAAUCUCUUUAUUCUGUGUGCAAACAUGAUUAGUUCAUUGGUCAUUUAACUGUUUAGUGCUAAACAGUAUAAAGGGUAUAAAAAACUAACUGGUUAGACAUGAAUUAGCAGGAAAUAGGCAGUGAUUUAGCUAAUCAUACCUAUGCAAUGAUUCUUCCCUUCCUCAUACACUGUAUGUGUAUCUUCUCAAUAGUGCUUUCUAGAUCAUGUUCUCAAUACUAUGGCAACCUUCCAGCUCACUAGUGAGACUUAAAAAUGACACUAAUUAUUUGUAUUUUUUUCUGUUUUCUCUCAUUCACUUCAAUACAUUCUAUUUCUAUCAUUUGCACGCUCGUUGACGCUCACAUGACGAACGUUCCCUGUGGGAAUUGGUCUUUAAUCUUCCAGAUCAAAAUGAGCUUGCAUACCUCAGUGUGGAUUUUGUCUUCCAGAUGCCCCUAAAAACACUGUAGCCCUGUCCAGCCCAACUGGGUCUGUGCCUGAGGGUAGGGCAGUGACCCUGACCUGCCAGAGUGAUGCCAACCCACCGGUGGAGCUUUACUCCUGGUACAAAGACAUCAGUGGGCAGGUGACCUGGAAGGCCAAUGGGCAGACACUGGUCCUCCUGGUCAGCAAGGCAGACAGCGGGCUGUACCUCUGUGAGGCCCACAACCAGAAGGGAUCACAGAGGUCAAAGGCCAUGCCUCUGGAGUUAGAAAGUAACCCAUUUUGUUCACUUUAUGACAAGUGCACUAUAUACGAAAUAGGGUGCCAUUUAAUUUGUUGAAAGUGCUGUUGUUGAAAAGUAAAUAUUAUAUGUAUAUUCUAAAUGGUUAACACUCAAGCCAAAUGGACAACAAAUUAAUAGUCAACUUUAAAAACCAUGUUCUAUUCCCAUUGUUUUCAGGUGGACAAUUUUCCAAGAUGGCCCCCUACAUCAUCUGUGGAGUGAUGGUGUUGCUCUAUGUUCUGACUGUCACCGUGGAUGUGUAUAAAUAUAAAAGGUGUCAUUGUUUAUGUGGUCAUGCCCAUCGAGUUUAGGAAUACAUUUAUAGAAGGACUGUUCCAAUCCUCUUUGUUCUAAUCCAAGUUCCCCCUUUUCCUUCCCUAUUAAGUCUCUCCAGAAGAUUGAAAGUAAGAGGAACAUUUUCAUUUCAUAAUAUUCUGUUUAACCAACCUCAACCACUGAGCAACUUUAAGACAUAUGCAGUAGAUGAUGCAGUUUGAUACUCAGAGUUUGAUGUGAUACAGAGGCAAAGUGUUAAAUUCUACAUCAAAACUUUAACAAUUCUCAGUAUGACUAUUAUACAUGUUUACUGUGGUUUUGUAUAAAACAUGUACCACUAAUACUCCUAUUUUGUAUUAAAUGUUAUAUAGUAUUGAUACCUCUGUUGGGUAAUAUAACUCCUCUGUUUACAUACAAUUAUGUAUCCUUAAUAUUUUAGCAGAUAGAGCUCUCCCUCUCAGGGAAAGGGGACAACACAUACACCAACCUAAGGAUCGCCAGCAUCAGCUCUGGCUAUGACCAACUCCAGGUGAUUAUGAAGAAAAACCUCAAAUAUAAACUCAAAACAACAAAAUACAAUGUUUGAGUUUUUAGGUAUUUAAGCUAACUGUUAUGUAUGAGGAUUCAUUUGAAUAAGGUACAGUUCAAAAUCAUCAAUGAGUUUGUGUGUGUGUCCAUGCACAAUGUCUUCCUCUGACAGAUGACCAGGGCUGCCCCAGGUGAAGCUUGCUCUUAUGAAAACCCGAAUAGAAUUGGCAGAAGAAAUGAAAGAGCUGCGCCCUGA